AUGUCAGAUAUAUUAUACAGGUGGCUAAACCAGGGGCUCCGGCUUUCGAAAACUGUCAAUGCAGAGAGCUGUGCCAAAGAUUUCUCUAGUGGUUACCUCAUUGGAGAAAUUCUUCAUAGAUAUCAGCUGCAAGAUGAUUUCUCUCAGUUUAUAAAGAAAGAUACCGCCAUCUCCAAAGUGAACAACUUUAGACGCCUUGAACCUUCUCUAAAGCUACUGGGGAUUUCCUUUGACAUGAAAACAGCCCAAGACCUGAUGGAGGAGAAGGAAGGUGUUGCCAUGCACGUCCUUCACCAACUCUAUGACCUGCUCAAAAAGAAAAAAAAUGCAGAAAUUAAUAGAACAACGAUGGAGAUCAAGCAGCCCCAAGACAAAACAUGCCUGCACAAAAAGGAGCAUGAGAUCUAUUCUUUUCGGCUUCCUCAGGUUGUGAAACCUGAUGCAGAACUGAAGCUACAAAAAAGUUCUCAGCGCUAUGAUGAAACGUGCCAAAAGUUGACCAUCAGAUCGGUGAUGGCUCAACCCAUCCAGCAAACAAUACAACUAAAGAUCCAGGAUGAGAAAGGAAAAAGAAAGAGUGAGAAGAAGCAGCAGGACAUGACUUGUAACCAGGCCACUAAAGUCCGGGUGCCGGAGCCAUUUUCCUCGUCCUCAUCAGUCAACAAAGAGAGGAGACAGUUGCAGCGCAAAGAACAAGAAGGAAGGAGGGUCUAUGCAGAAAUAACCAAGUUUGAGACAAACCAGAAGAAACUUCUUACCUCUGGUUUUGGUUCAAGUUCUAGGGGUCAGCCCCUCCUUACAGAUUUCCCCCCUGUUGGCACCAAACGGGGCUGUAAAGUGCCUGGAGGUGGAACCGAGGUGCUGGUUCAAUCCAAUGACAAGUAUAUACAGGAGAUCCGACAGAGGAAGAAGGAGGAGGCCGAUUUAAGUGAGCGCCGACAAAAAAGACAAGACAGAUUCUUAGUGGAACAGUUGAAGGCCCGUCAAGCUGAACAGGACGCCCUGCAAAAUGAACUGUUGGUGAAGAGUCUGACACGUCAGUCCAGGGCAGAGCAGCGUUUGGUUGCUCAGCUACUCCAGAUACGUAAGGUAAAAGAGGUGAUCAUUGAAAACCGCCGGUACAGAGAGCAGCAGUACCAGGAGCGAAGAGAGAGGGAUUUCCAAGAAGCUCUGCACAGGGAAUUGGUUUUGGCUCAGGAGGCUAAGUUAGCCCGUGAAAUGGAGAUCAGAGAGGAGAUUGAAUACCAAGAGAGGAUUGCUGCUGAGAUAGCCCAAAGUAAAUGGAAAAAGAACGUUGAGAGCUGUAAGGGCAUUUUGGAACAGAUAGUGGACUUGGCAACAAAUGUUGGAGAAUAUAAGUCAGACCGGGGCGUCAGGGAAGAGAGCAGGAGCCCCCCACCAGACUCCAGUUGCCCGACCGGGAGCCCCAGCAAGAGGCAGAUUCCAGGGAAGAUGAUGAGAUACUGGAAGGAACUGCUGUUCAUAGGUCUGCCUCUGUAUGAGCCAACAAAAACCCAUGAGGAAAGCUCCAAGUCCUCCCCUUCACAAGACCCCACAGAACUUAAGAAGCAGGAGAUACUCAACAACCUGGACUAUGAGGAAUACACGAAAAUGGCAGGUGAGUGGGCAUGGCCAGAGGAGGCAGGGGAAACAACAUUACCUCCACCAUACAAGGACAUUCUUGGACAGCGACUUAGAGAACUGGUUCCGCCAUCCGUUGUGGAACCGUCCACUGCUUUAUUUCCUUGCUCUACCAUCAAGGCCUGCGUCCUAGGCAAGUUUUGCUCGGCCAACAAGGAAUGCCUGGCCAAGAUUGGUAAAGCACUUGGCAUCUAUGUGUUAUCGAUGGAUGCUGUGAUUGAGGAGGCACUGAAGGCUUACAAGAAUGGUGAAAAGAUCUUCCAGAUAAUAUCCAAGAGGAAAGUAGAGACCAUGAAAAAACUUAUCCAGCUGACUAUCCGUGCAAGACAAGGGGCAGCUGUAGACAUGGAGAUGAGGAAAGGGAACACUAUUCCAAAUCAGCUCUUGGUUGAAAUGAUGGUAGAGGCAAUCAGUCAAGUUCCAGCUCAGUCAUCCUGGAUCCUGGAUGGUUUUCCUUAUGAUAUAGCCCAGGCCCAGCUGUUAGAGAAAGCCCUCGGGGGGUCUGUAGACGAAGAGAAUGAAGUUGUAAGUGAGAGGGCAAACCCACCGCCCCCUGCUCCAGUGCUGGACUUAGCUGUCCUGCUGGAUAUCCCUAAUGAGUGUGUGAUCAGACAUGCAUACAGCUUUAUAGAUACAGAAGCUGCAGCGACCUUGCAACCGAAUGACAAAACCUUGUAUCUGGCACAGGUUUCACAUAGGAUCGAAGUUUUUCAGUGUACGUGGCCAGACCUGAAGGAAUGGUUUGGUGAAAAGCAAAACAUUUUGGUCCAUGUUGAUGCUGAAGUAGAACAUGAGAAACUUUACAACACUUUGGAAUCCUUAUUCCAGCAAGCUAUGCACAAAAAACGGGAAGAACAUGCAUCACUUGCCUCUGAGUCCAAAGACGAUGUUCACGGAGUCCCAAAGAACCAGCACAAGCUCGUCUCUUCAGGUGUAGCUCCAUCCAGUCAAGACUACGUGGAUAAUCCUCUGCCUCCAGAGAUACCACAGCACCUGUGCUCAUACUGGGACGAUGUAUGGGAUUCCUAUGUAAAUGAUAUAAAGAAAGUCAUGCAGCAGCUGCGCUCAAAGCGCAGUGCUAUUGAUCGUCAGCUUUUUUCAAUCAGAGAAAGAUACAAGCAAUAUUUGGCACGUCCAGACAUAAAGCAGGAGUUACUGUCUCAGUGGCAGGAGGUCUUCAAUAGCACACCUGAUGAUAGAGACUGUGAGGAGAUCAAGGCAGAGCUACACCUGAGGCUGGAUGAAUUGCAUGAACGACUGUGGGACAUCACUAACAAACGUAAAGAGGAAAAUGAGCAGGAGAGGGCUGAGCUCAUGUGUAAUGACUGGUUGGAUGAGCACACCUUUCUCCUCAUCAAACACCACUCUAUAUUAACGCAGGUAGAGCUGAGCCGUUUCGAGGAAACAUCUGCUAUUUUAAGAAUCUACUAUUUGGGGAUGCAGAGGCAAGUGCCACUUGAACCACUCCCCAAAUUUACCUGUAAUCCCCUGCUGGAAACACCUGGAAUUGAAGCUCAGGAUGAGAGAUCUCACUCCUCAAAGAGCAGUAAGAAUGAAAAAAAUGAAGAACCUGAAAAGCCAUCACACGAACAACUCCUCACUGACUGUGAGGCAGCACUUGAAGCCAUCAGCAAAUUGCUAAUUUCUCAGAACGUUAUGCAAGUGUCAGCAGAAGCCCAUCAGCCAGAGAUAAAAGAGAAUGAGGAGAGUUUACACGAGAAGGCAAAGCAAGAUGAUGACGAUGGCUCAGUGAAGAUUGAGUAUCAGGAAGGUCGAGAGACAUUUUUUCAAGAAUAUCCAGCUGCACUGAAUAAUGAGGAGAAUAGAGCAACGGUGCACAUUGAGCUGGUGAAAAGACAUGGCCUGGAGAUGGUACACUCUCUGCAACGCAGAGCACAAGAUAUCUCUGACAAAAUGGAAAACUGGUUACAAGCACAGUAUCUUGCAGAAAUGAAGUGUAUUGACCAAUUAUCAGAAGUGGCGCGCCACCACAUAGAGGCUGGAGCUACGUUGCAGUAUGAGCUGGUGUUGGAAGGGUCUGACUUCUUUAUAAAUGAAGACCAUCUCUUGGUGGAAAGUCCUGCUCCUCCUCUCCGUCCAGCUCCUCUGGAGACACCAGUAGGGUCCACACCAACUAUCGUUCAGCUGGAAUCACUCCGCCAUCAGCUGUGGAGCGCUGCUCCAUCAGGUGUCAUGUCCAGCACUGCAUUCUUCGGUUUGCUCAAAGAGUUGGUCUCUGUCAACACGGGUAGAAACACUGUGCCAAAACCCUGGAUGGGAAACACUGAAGCAAAGUGGGUGGCGAUUGUCUCUCUGCUAACGGAUGACUAUGAGCUGAUAGACUGGCAGCGGUUUCUACUCAGUGCUGCUCUCCCUUGGCCUUUUCCCUCACUAACACAGCUACUGGUUGUACUGGGACGUUUCAAGGUAGCAGAUGUUGCUAGUACAGGCUAUAUAAACGAAGAGCAGUACCUAAAGACGGAGUUGUGGUUUUCCAGUGAUACCAUACAAACUGUUUCUGAAGACCCUUCUGAGCCUUUGCCUUUUGACCGUCUGGCUAACCUUCGCAAGUUCUUUUUCCAGCUGUUUGCAGACCACUCAUUCUCUCCUCCUCAACUGGAUUACGUGUCGAUGCUCCAGUACUUUGCAGCUGACCCUGACCCCGGACAUGGUUUUAUCAGAGCACUUAGUGUGGUGCUGGGACAAGAUCUCCAGCAGCCUUCAAUGGACCACGCUGUUAAGUCUCUGCCCAGCAUAGAAGAGGCCACAGAGCUGGUCUCUUUGGAAAUUAAGAGCGCCUACAAGGAAGAUGAGACUCCUUACCCAUCAAGCAGUCAUUUCAGAGAGCAGGAAGUGUCGAUUUCUUCUCUCCUUAAUGUCUUCUGCCACAAAGCUGUAAAGAUGAGAGGCAAACACCGCCUUCCUCCAAGCUGCUUGAGUAAGGAGGAGCACACAGAGAACCUGACACGUGUAUACGGAGAACUUGGAUACGACUCUGAAGACUGUGUUCCGUUCUCUGUUCUUUCUAAGCAUCCAUAUACCCAGAUAUUGAUGGAGACCUCAACGCGCUACCAGCUCGUUGAUAUUCACCAAGUGCUCCAGGGUGAUUAGGAUGAAGGACGGCCUAGUGAUCGGGAUGAAGGAGAGCCCAGUAGUAGUACAAUUUUGUAAAGGAUAUGGCACAUUCAGUACAAAUAAUCUUUUUUUUUCUUUAUGCAAUAUGAAAAGCUCUUUAAUA